AUGGCGCUGGCGGCUUACAGACACCUACUGCGAGCGACGCGAAGAGCAUUUCAAGACGACUACCAUCUACUACAUGCUGCCCGGAUGCAGGCCCGCACAGGGUUCGAGAUGCUAAGGACAGUAGACGCCGACUCAGAAGAGGCGAUCAAGGGCAUAGCACAUGCUGAGGGCGUCGCAUCAGUAUUACGACAUAAUGUUGUGCAAGGCAAGCUCGUCGACGGUUCUGAUGUGAUACGACUGAACAUACACAAGGACAUAGAGAGAGGCGACAAUGACACUGUCAAGAAUCCCCUCGGCAAAGACGGAAAAGUCAAGGUCGGCGGUGUAUGA